GCCGUACUCUCCGACGGGCCAGUUGCUCGCAGGACGAUCGCGCGAGUUCGUUCGCUCUGCCUCGUCCUCGGAUUCUCUCUUCUCAUGGAAUGAGUGCUGUUCAAAGUGUUCUUCUAUGGUUUCGUGCACCUUUAAUAAGAUUUGGAUUUCAUCUUAUUCGCGAGAAUCGAUACGUGUGCACACAAAAUAUUCGGUGUUUAUUCAAACGAACAUAUACAUUCGUGUAGCGUCGAAUACAUUGGGUCGAGUUCCGCGCGAAUAAUACAAAUAGCAAAUCCAAAACAAAUAGCAAAUCAAUACAUUUUAACGUCUGUGCAAUAUGUAUCGAGCUAUGAGAACAUGAGAAUUUGUUAUCGAAUAUGAGAAUAAGUUAUUAUUGUCAAUAAACAGUAACGAGAAAUAAAGACGGAGAGAGGGAUUGGGACGUGAUGUUUGCACAGUCGUGUUAUAGUACAGUAUUUGCUGACUUGUGCAGUGUGUCAGUUUGAAUCUAGCGGAUUAUCUCUCCUGCAAGCCGGAACAUUCAAACCGGAUUGUAAUUCAAUAACAUAUAAUUCUCGAGACGAUAGUGCUACAUGUGUGGCAACAUGUGGCCGGCGUAUAUGACGAGACAUUCUACGGCACUGAAGAUUGGGCUGGCGGUCUCGACCGGUCUUGCGUACUUGUGGAGCGCCGGAUACGAGAUACGUACGAUCUCAGCACUUUCGUUGAUCCUUCUGGGAAUCGUUUACUGGUAUUAUCAGCUCUGUGUUCAGGAGAAAUUAAAUUCCAAGCAUCUCAUAGUUAUAACUGGUUGCGAUUCCGGCCUCGGAUAUAGUUUGGCGUUGCACUGUCAGGCUCUUGGCGCGACAGUUUUGGCGGGGGUGCUAGACCCUGAUGGUCAGGCUGCUAAAAAUUUGACGGACAGCAAAGUUAUCGUUCAUCAUCUCGACAGCACUAAUGAAGGGAGUAUUGAGCAGUUUGGAAAAUAUGUCGAGACCCUAUGUAUCGAGAAGAAACACGACCUGUAUGCAUUGAUAAAUAACGCCGGAGUGAUGAUCUUCGGUGAAUUCGACUGGCAAACGGAGCAGCACGUGAAGCGUCAAAUAGGAGUAAAUUUAAUAGGGACGAUGAGAGUCACACAGAUUCUCAUGUCGGUUAUAUUAUCGAACAAGAGUAGGAUCAUCGUGAUAAGUAGUCACUGUGCCGAGGAAUUCUUACCGGGUCUGAGCGUGUACUGUGCGACAAAGGCUGCUCUCCGCGCAUGGUCCAUCUCUCUUCGGGUAGAGCUUGCCAAAUACGACGUCAAGGUGAUCUCCUUCAUACCCGGUAAUUUUACGAGAGAGAGCAACAUUAUGGCGCGUCAACGACAAUAUUUCAACGAAAUGGAACGAUCGAUGAGAUCCGAAGGGAUCAUUUUCUACGAUGAUUAUUUUGCUCGAUAUGUGGAGUACUAUUCUUUCGUAGCGGGCCAAGACGAUCUGAAGCGUGUGACGAAUUCGAAUAUCUACGAUAUUUUUGACAAUGCCCUUCUCGAUGUUUAUCCGUCAGCGGUUUACAAAUGCGAGUCGUGGAAAUAUUUCUUCUAUUAUACAUCGUUUAGGUACACGCCAACAUGCCUACGCGACAGAUUGAUAAAUAGAUUUGUGAAUACUCCCUCUUGGCGUAAGCCGACCAGCGAGCCGUGAUCCACGAUCGACAUCCACCGAGUGUCUCGACAUUUCUUCUUUUCACGCACGAUACUGCAACUUUUUGUAUUUGCUGAUAAUAGCAAAUACAGCUGGGCGGGAACGAAUCAAUGUCGACAAAUUAUCAGCAGUUGACUCUGAUUAUCUGUUGCUAAGCCUAGUUGAUACAUGUUUUCAUCGCUCUUACCAAUGCGAGCAGGAUCUUUGGAAAAAACACCGAAAACUGUUGAUCAAUUUACUAUAUUAUCGCAAAAUUACAGUGAUUUCGUUUUAGUAAGAAAGAAAAAGAGAAAUGUCAGGGGUCAAUGAGGAAACAACUACUGUAAAAUCUGUGCUUCUCGAAAAUGGAAGCUUCGUGUUACGAAGCUCUGGAAAACUUUACUUAACAGUAAUACGUUUUUGAAAAGUGCGCAUUUAAUGACGGUCUGCAGAGAAGUGUUUCAAUUAUUUCUGGAUUUAAUAUCAAAAAUUAUAUACAGGGUGUCCUGGACUCUCUUCCGCAAUGUUUGUGGAAACAUAGAACGGAUUGAGGCGAACAUAAAAGUUUCACACUGUUUUGCGAUAUUCGCAAUAAAUCUCGAGAUAUUAAUUGAAGAAGAUUGGUGAAUAAUCACACGCGAUAUGGAGUAGAUGAGCUGUAGUAGCGCCGUCUGCCGUUGUACAACUUAUACAUUAGGAUAAAGUGAAAAAAAGAGUUCUUCACUAUUUUGCAAAUUGACCACAUAGAUUUUUAGGUAUUAAUUAAAGAAGAUUUGUGCAUUAUCGCGUGGAAUCAUGUAACAAUUUUCUUUCAUUAAUAAUUAAAAAUCUACGUGGUAGAUUAGCAAAAUGAUAAAGGGUUUUAUUCAAUUUCAUCUAAUGCACAUAAUAGCACAAAUCGCCAUUAUAACUCAUCUAUCACAUCGCGCGCGAUCAAUCUUCCUUAAUUAAUAUCUCAACUAUUAUCGCGAAUAUCGCAAAACGAUAUAGGACUUUCAUGUUCACCUUCCAUGUUCUCACAAAACGUGCGGAGUAGAGUCUGGGAUACUCUGUAUAUGUACAAGAGAAAUACAUAUGAUGAUGAGCAUGAUAUAUUCAAUAUCAUUUACGCGGAAUUAGGCAAUAAUAAUGUAUAUUAUGAUAUAUAUCAUUAUAUUGUCUAUAAUAAUGAGAAUAAGAACGUGUUAUACAAGAUUAUACGGAAAUAUCUAAGAUAUUGUACAAUGGCUCUGUUAUGGAGCAAACCACACUACCCAAUCCUUCCGCCAGAUAGCUUUCACCAAAUAAUUUUCUCUUGUAAAUAAAGCUUGUAAAUAGAGAAAUAAUCACUGUAACGUAUAUUUUUUUCGUCGGGAAAGUUUACGAGAUUUUUAUUCGAGGCAUUUUGCGAUACGACAAGAACGUUUUGAAAGGAGAUGAAACGAAGCAUUAAGAGAAUGCUGAAAACUUUACUGACAACUAUACUGACGGUUUUCUGAAAAGUUUAUGUCGUAUCGAUUGUACAGAAGUACGAAUGCUUUUACGCAAUGAAAAUAUGUGCAAAAAUAAAUAGGAGCAUUGCUCAAUGUGUGACAGAAACAAAAAAGAAAUUUUUAAUAUAAAAUCUCAAGUAAGUUAGCGUAAUAUUUGCCGAAGCUAAAAGUCUUGUAGUUUGUACAUACCGAAAGUGUGGAUGCUCCAAAGAGAAAAAAUGUUGAAGAACAUUGCUGACACCUUCGCACCUGAAUUCAGAAGCAUAAAAAUAUGUUGAUGAAAAGUUUGUAGAAAGAUCUCUACACAUGCAUGGUUAGGUUUCUCGCAUAUAGUAAAACAAAACAACACCUCACACAGCAGAAAUAUCCCAAAUAUAUCAUAGGGAUAUCUUGAAGAUAUAUCGCAUAUCUCAAAUAUAUCUUUAGGAUAUUCCUAUGAUAUAUUUUGGACAUCUUUGUUGCGGGGCACAAUUACGUAAGAUCCGUAUGUACAAGAAAUACGAAAAGGAUAAAAUAAUGAUGAAUAUUAAUGAUGAAUAUCUCUGUGCUCCCUCGACAUUGUUCGAGUUGGUCAUCGAUUUCAACAUCUUCUUAAUCGUCGUAAAAACAUCGUAUCGCACGUCGAGCUAUACAUAUGUAUCUUUCAAUUUGUAAUUCGACUUAUC